AACUUCUUACAUUUCAAGAUAUUCGCAAAACCUUUCUGGCUUCUCCGAAUCUCCCCAAUCCUUUCAGUACACGUGCCGAGUUGCCAAAAUGGGUCUCAUCGACCUGGGCCAUGAGGCUGACCCAGUCUUGACACGAAUUGUCGAGGAAGACAAGGUGAAAUGGUGGAAGAAGCGUAAUCUAAGGCUCUUGUACCUUCUACUCUACCCAACCUGCAUGGGAAUCGAAAUCACUUCUGGCUUUGAUUCUCAGAUGAUCAACGGCCUUCAAUUCAUUCCGAAGUGGAACAAAUACUUUGGCAAUACCUCUUCUCUUGUGAAGGGCAAAGUCGUCUGGAAUGUUACAGGCUCUCUUCUUGGAAUCAUCAGCGCAUCCUAUAAUCUCGGCGCCAUUCUCGCUGUUCCAAUUGUUCCAUGGGUCGCUCAAAAAGUUGGUCGCAGAUGGUCGAUCUUCAUAGGUAGUUGCUUUCAAUGCGUGGGAGCCGUCCUUCAAUGCUUCUCUCAAAACUCUGGCAUGUACAUCGUCGCUCGAAUGAUCCUUGGGUUUGGAAUUGUCUUUUGUAUUGUGUCGGGUUCUGCCAUGCUAGGAGAACUCUCUUACCCCAAGGAACGUCCAAUCCUGACGUCUAUGUUUAAUGCCUCUUGGUUUGUGGGCUCUCUCAUAGCAGCCGGAAUAGUCGUUGAGACGGCGAAGAUCCCAAGCGAUUGGUCAUGGCGCCUCCCAUCCCUACUCCAGGCUUGCCCAUCCUUAGUCCAGAUCGCUCUAGUAUUCUUCCUUCCAGAGAGUCCUCGAUAUCUCAUCAGCAAGGACAGACGGGAAGAAGCAUUCGAUAUCCUUUGUCACUACCAUGCCGAAGGUGACCGAGAUUCCCUUUUCGUUAAAGCAGAGAUGGUCCAGAUUGAGACUACUAUUAAGAUCGAGCUCGAAGCAAGCAAGCUCUCGUGGAUGGAUAUGGUUAGAACCCCUGGAAUGCGUCGCCGAUCAUUCCUCGCCGCAGCCAUGGGUCUGUACACCCAAUGGUCUGGCAACACUUUAAUCUCCUUCUACCUGGGAUCGAUUCUGGUCAUGAUUGGAUACACCGAUACUUACACCAAAACCAUGAUCAACCUCGGGAACACUGCCUGGAGCUUCGUUAACGGAACGGCCAUUGCCAUCAUCUCGCCGCGGUUCAAACGUCGAACCAUGUUUCUCACUGGUGCAGUCGGUAUGCUUGGCGUCUAUGUUGCAUGGCUAGUUGCUGUGCGAUAUGCAGUCAAGGCACUGGACGCAGGGACUACUAACAAGGCUGCUGGAAUCGCUGUUCUAUUCUUCAUUUAUUUCUAUAGUCCGUGGUACAAUAUUGGAAACAACGCACUUGCGUAUACGUACAUGGUCGAGAUCUUCCCCUAUGCUGAAAGAUCGCGAGGUAUCGCAAUUGAGCAGUUCUUCGUCCGCGGUGCCGGUUUCUUCACCACUUUUAUUAACCCAAUCGGCAUGGGCGCCGCAAAAUGGAAAUUCCUCUUCAUGUACAUCGCCAUGAUCUGCUGCGAGAUCUUGACUAUCUAUUUCUUCUACCCCGAGACGCAGGGCCGAACACUGGAAGAAUUGGCAUUCUUGUUUGAGGAUGAAGCAACUGCUGAGAGGGCUACGAUGGCGGUUGAGAAGGAGAUUCAUCAGGGAGGGGAUGGCCCGGUUGAGAGGGUUGAAGAGAUCGGGGAGAAAGGACCGGUUGUGGGGCACGGCGAGAAGGUGUGAAGGGUGCUGUGUGAAGGAAUUUUGGCUCUGAAAAUUGUUAUCAUGAGAUUGUGGAGAUGCUAGUGGAUGUUAAUGCUUUCGAUGUUCUCUUUCGAGUCUGAAGACACGAGUUGCACGUCGAGAACGUCUAAAGAACAGCCGUGCUACUCGGAAUCUUCUAGUUUUUCUAUUAGGAAUGAUAGUAAAUGAAGUCCUUGAAUUUGGCAUUCGGG